GUCGUCCAUUCACGUCCGUAAUCGCGAGUUGGAAACACUACCGGUGCCCGAGCAGCGACGACCCUCUCUCGCAGAUAUAGGUACUUACUUGGCGCCGCGGCCGACGCGAUUUUGCGCAUAGGACGACGACAAAAUACACGCGCUGUAUUUUGUACAUUUUUCUAUUAUACCUACGGCUAUAAUAUAGCCGACGACGUGUCUUGUGCCGAAUUUAAUCGACUCGACGGAUUCAACACACGCCACACGCCGAUACACACCGUGUUACCUAUAUAGGUAUAUCGCAUAUCGUGUAUAUAUACAUAAAUACAUAUACGUAAUUACCCAAGGCAAUAUAUAUAUAUUGCGUACGCCCACACAUUUAUCGAACCGAUCCGCCGUAUAUUUACUAAACCGCCGACUUCCACACAAAUGACAAGAUGAAACGCAACUGGAUUAGCUCAGAUCGAUUGUGGUGCCUAUUCUUGAUUCUUGCAGUUUCUCGAAUAAUAGGAUGUAAUUCAAAGACCGUCAACCAGGUCAAAUUACCAAUUCCAACCAAAGAGGGUCUACCGCAGGUGGUCGAAGCGUUAAAUGCGGCUACACAUUUGGUAGACCACGAUGAACUGGAGAAGAACUUUGAAGGACAGCGAGAUAGUUAUAAGAGGUCACCCAGGAAAUUGGGAACUGAUGAUUUGGAUAAGAACUCGGAACUACAAGAGUAUCAAGGUGUAAUUGGACGUCCUGGUGUUGACUUUCCGAUAUUGCCAUCUAUACCUCAAACCGAUUUUAGCUGUAGGAAGGUGAAGAAACCCGGUUACUACGCUGAUCUUGAAACUGACUGCCAAGUGUUCCACAUUUGUGAUAAUGGAAGAAAGGUAUCAUUUUUAUGUCCAAACGGUACAGUUUUUCGUCAGUCACAUUUAAUUUGUGACUGGUGGUUCCGAGUUGAUUGUGAAAGGUCAAUUGAAUUAUAUGAAGAGAGUGCAGAACAACUUGCAACUGAUCAGCGAGUUUUUAAAGAGCGUGCUGAAACAUUGGCUAAAUCCAUGUUAAAAGUACAAACAACACCGCAAAUAAAUGAUGAUAAUCGCUUUGUAACAGAACGUUCGUUUGGUCCGAGUACAACAAUUUUUAAUUCCGAAAGCCGACUGCCUGACCGUGCAAGAUACUUCAAUGGCUAUUCAAGAGACGAAAAUCAAGUUCCCGCCGAAACUGGAUCAUUCGCUGGAAAACAGUUACAAAAUAAUUUCAAUAAUUAUUAUUCGCAGUCCAAAACACCUGUACAAAGUUGGAAUCAAGGUAAUUAUCAAGUACAAUCUUCGACAACUGCUCAGCCAAGUUGGAAUAAUAACUAUCAAAGUGGUAUUUAUCAAGCACAGCCUACAAUAACUCCACAACCGACCUGGAACCAGGCUACUAAUAACAAUUACCAAAGUAAUCUUUAUCAGUCACCACCUGUAACGACUGCACAACCACCUAUCGUUCAAGGAAUAAAUAAUAUCCAAUCUAGUUACCAAUCACAAUUUACCACAAGUGCUCAAUCGGUCCAAGGUGUUACUAGUUCACAAGCAGUAUAUCAACCACAACCAACUACUGUUUCGCCUCAAACAAACUGGAAUCAAAAUAGCAACAAUUAUCAAGCUGGAAAUUACCAAACACUACCUACCACAGCAGCAACACAAAUUAAUUGGAAUAACCAUGGUAACAGUGGUCUUAGAACUGAUAAUCAUCAGUCUUUUACACCUUCAACAACACAACCGAAUUGGAGUCAAAGCAGUAGUAGUAACUACCAACCUGAAAUUUAUCAAUCGCCGUUAACAACAGUAGCCGCUCAAAGUAAUUGGAAUAAUCAAGGUUCUAAUAACUUCCAAACUGAAAAUGAUCAAACAACACAAACACCGGUUAACUGGAAUAAUCAAGGUUCCAAUCACCUAGAUACUGUAAAUUCUCAAAAACAAGCAACUACUACCGUAUCACAAACUAAUUGGAAUGGAGCUAUUAAUAAUUUCCAAUCAAAUAGCUACAAUUCACAACCAGCAACAACGAUCCAACCAGAUUGGAACCAAGAAUCUGAUACCAUUCAGCCCAAUCUAUUCCAAUCUCAACAAUCGUAUCAACAACCUACUACUAUUUUUCCAACCGAUAACGAACAAACCAUCCCAGCAAAGGAAAGUCAAGUACCUGCGGAAUCCGCUUCAUUUGUAGAUCCCCAAAACUCACCUCGUUUUAAUUUUCAACCAGAAAAUUAUUACACACAAGCUUCUCAGACAAAUGUGCCACCUACUACAUAUCCAGUAACAAGUUCUUAUACAAACGAUUAUUCACCAAACGGAGCUUACUCAUUUGUCGAAUAUCAAAGAUCACCAGAUACUUCUGUCGUUAGAGAUAGCUCAACUCAAGCUACUCCAGUUAUGACUACGGUAUUGGACUAUACUUCUGUUGAUAAUUCCACAUUACCGCCGUCUGGAGAAACAUUAAUACCGAAUAUGAUAAAUUCAUUACAAACACUGACAGAUAAUAAUCUACUUUUUGACUUGGAUGGACAAAAUAAUUAUCCUUCGCAAUCGAACACCGACGAUGAACUGAAUUCCGUCGCAUUGUAUUUUAAUAAUGUAAAAAAUCCUCAAAUGACCACUGUUGCUAGUGACUUGCAAUUUAAUCGUUUCGAACAAUCGUCUAAAACAUACACACAUGGGUUGAGUUCAACUGGUGUUAAUUCUGUAGAAAAUACUACACCGGUUGAUAGUUUGCACAUACCUGCGGUUUUGACACAUAAUACAAAAGAGGCGUAUAAUAAACUUUUUAGAAAUGAUACUGUUAAAGAAUCAGUGAUCACUACAAAAUUAGCAGAUACUAGCAAAACUUCAAUAAAUCCUACAAAUUCAGUAAAUCUAGAAUUCACUCAUGGGUUAAAUUUAAACCGUUCGUCGGCGGAAUUGAGAGAACUAGCUGCAGUCUUUACGCGUGCUUUAACCGCAUACUUGGACGACCCAGAGAAUUUCCGUAAAAUACUAGCCGAGGUAAGACCGACAGAACCGCCAAGUGUCAAGACUAGUGCUACUGAAGAACAAGAAGUGUUAGAUUUUUCUGACGAUUCAAAACGUAACCAAGGUAAACCCACUGAACCUAGUACACCAGGCCCAAAUUUAGCAGCUGAAAUUAAUGGUAUGACACAAAGUAUCAAUGCACUGGCAGACUUAUCAACUACUGUUCCACAAUAUACUUUAUCGCCAUUAAUAGAAAUCACAUCAAAGUAUACUGAAACAUCAAAAGCUGAUCUACAAGAAUAUGCACCACCUGAAGAUAGCGAACAACUACAAUUAGCCGGAAGUCAGUCGUUUUAUUCAAGUAGAGAUAAUAGCAUUCCAAGUGCAAACACUUUAAAACCAGCUGCCUCCACAGUAGAAUGGACAGUUUCUCCUUUAAUAGACACUGAGCAGGAAAUAAAAACUACGACCUUAUCGCCAGUUUACUUUACUACCACUGCAGAAAACUUAGAAACAACUGUAAUUGUACAAAGGGCAAAAGAAAUGUUCAGCCACUUGAACGCGUCUGAAGCCGGAGUAUUGAUGAACGUUAUGAAAACUGCUCAAGUUAAUGAUACAGUUAAAAGGUUGAUUUUACUGUUGGUCAAUGAUUCGAAUAAAGAAAAUAGCCCAGAACAGACUAGACACAAUUUAAUCGAAGCAUUACUGGACAACAGGAAUACUGACCAAACGUAUGACGUAUCUUCAUCAUCACCGUCACCUACUUUCUUGCCAUCGUCUACAUCAGAAAUUCCAUUUGGCCAGAGAAUACAGGAAGAUGGUUCUCCGAUACAGGAAGGACAGUAUAAGAAAUCUAGAAAGGGAACAAGGAGAAGAGUUGUGCAUAGGAGUAGGUCGGUUCCCAUUUCCACCACUCCAAUGACCCCAAAUACUUGGCAAGGAGCUAACGAUGUGGGCCCGGGGCUGAGUGAUGAUUCUGACGCCCGAGCAGUUGAACUCCUUAAGUCCCUAUACUCGAUCGCAUCUAAAUGGUCGUAAAUGGAUGUUAUCCAUCAACGGUAUUUCCAUUCUGCCUGUGUCAUAACCUUGUGCAAAUCAAAUUAUUUAUGAAUUGUCUAUAUGAUUUUAAUAUAAGUAUAUUAUAAUUUGCAAUCGGUUCGGGAAAAAUUAAUGAUCUAAGUCGAUAAAUCGUAAAGAUCGGAUAAAACAAUUAUUUUUUACAAUUCAUACAAAAAUAAUGUAUCACGAUUCUAUUCCAAAAUCAGAUCAAUCUUUAUUAAUAUUAUAUAUAUAUAUAUAUACAUAUAUUAUGAGAAAUGCUCAAUUUAAAUCAUUGCCGAUUAGCUAUAAUAAAUUAUUUAAUAAUUUGAAAAUUAAAAUUAAAUUUUAACCAGAAAAUAAUAAGUCGAAGAUAGACAAACUUUGAUUUCCAUCUCUGAAAAUAUUGUUCACACAGAGCACAACCCCGAGGAGAUUAAUCGACUAUCUUUUAUCAUGAUAUUUUCAUCGUAAUUUAAUUCAAAGAUAAUACUCUAAUAAUAUAUUACUAAAUUUCAGUAUAACUUUAUCCAAUAAAACAAGAUAUAUCGCACAAAUAAAAUCAGGAUGUUUAAUUAAUAUCUGACUUAACGCCGUGAUAUGAAAUAAUAUAUUUGUGUAUUCUUCAAUAUUUAACAUUUUUAACAGACAAUAGUCAUCAAUCUUUCGCAACGGUCGCCGUACCUAGGUAUAAUAUCAUCUCUAUUUAGCGUUUAGAAAUUGCCAUCACCUAGUACAGAAUAUUGUUAAUAAUUGUAAAUGUCUCGGCAAUAUACGCAUAAUAUAAAUUGACUCUAGUCCUCGGUGAAUUGGCGUGUAAUUGUUUUAGGCUAAUCUUAGACUUAUAUUCGUGUUAUGUAUACAUAUAUUAUUAUAUAAUUUGCUCAUAUAUCAAAAGUAGAUUUCUGUUAAGAUUCAAUUGUAAUUUUAAUUACCUAUUGCAUAUAAAUAAUAUUGUACAAUGUAUGUAGGUGUAUGUCAUGUCUUUUUGGUACUAAACUUUAAAAUUAAAAUGUAUUCCUCUAUUUAUCUUUUGCACGUUAUUUCAUUUUACAUUAAGUUUAAAUCUUGUUUUGCAUACCUACUGAUAAUUAUUAUAAGUACUUAUUUCUUAUUUUCUUUCAAGUUUUAACAAACAUUGAUUGUCAUUCUACAAUUUUUACCAUCGUUUGAUUUAAUCCAUGUGUUAA